GUCUGAUACACGUUUGAUUGGAAUUCAAGUUUCAAUGUCAUUGUAUUCGAUUUAUUUUGUUUGAUCAAGUUUAUAUUGCAACACUAAAGCCACCUUGGAUGUUUACACCACCACAAAAUAAAAGCAUUUCAGCACUUGGAUGCAAAACAGAAAAAAACAGACAAAAUUAAAAUAUAGAAACAUUUCCGGCGCAGUAUUACGUCACAAAAGCGACGGAGUUGGCUCCUCGAGAAGCAAGGCGGUCCGGAACUCGCAUGGUCCGAUGUUGGCCUCCAUCCUCCGCUGCUCUCGACCCAUCCGUUUUGCCCGCGCCGUCCACAUGGACCCCGCCCGCCCCGUAGAGGGCGCCAUCACCAGCAAACUGACUGCCGCCUUCCAGCCGGAGCACCUGGAGGUGAGUAACGAAAGCCACGCUCACGCCGUGCCGCCUGGAUCCGAGUCGCACUUCCGCGUGCUGGUGGUCAGCGAGCGCUUCAGCGGCCUGUCGCCGCUGCAGCGCCACCGUCUGGUCAACGAGGCGCUGAAGGAGGAGCUGAGCACUCGCGUCCACGCACUGGCUAUCCAAGCCAAGACGCCCGAGCAGUGGCGUCUGGACCCCAACGUGGCCAAGAGCCCUCCCUGCAUGGGGGGUUCUCGAGGGGAUGUCACCAUGGAGGACAAAUUGAAAGCCGGACAAUAACGGGGACGCUUGCUGUUGGACUUUUUGGACAUCUUCUUUGUUUUGUUAAAUUUUCAACACCUCGGUGGGAUAAUAGAACAAUAAAAACAUAACAGUAAGUCUGUUUUUACCCAAACUUUUAAUUUAAACUAGGGUUCUCAAGUAGUGAUGAUGAGAUGAAGCCUCAUGAAGCAUUGAACCACUUGUUUUCUAGAAAGGGUUCAUUUCACCAAGCUUCAUAUGCGCACGGCACCACCUACUGGCUAAGUGUAUAAUCACAGUCUCAACCAACUGAGUGAUUCUAUGAUUUUUGUUGCGUUUAUCUAAUGGAAAGGAAUUAAUUUGCAAAAUAUUGUCUGACCAAAUCCUCUAUGUACAUAGUUUAUCACAUAUGUAUAUAAUUUUUUAAUCUAGUGUGUGAAAACUAGGGCUGUCAAACGAUUACAAUUUUUAAUCGAGUUAAUUACAGCUUAAAAAUUAAUCGUAAUUCAUCGCAAUUCAAACCAUCUAUAAAAUAUGCCAUAUUUUUCUGUAAAUUGUUGGAAUGAAAAGAUAAGUCGGAUAUAUACAUUCAACAUACGGUACAUAAGUACUGUAUUAGUUUAUUAUAACAAAUCAACAAGAUGGCAUUAACAUUAUUAACAUUCUCUUAAAGUAAUCCAUGGAUAGAAAGACUUGUAGUUCUUAAAAGAUCAAUGUUAGUACAAGUUAUAGAAAUCUUAUAUUAAAACCCCGCUUAAUGUUUUCGUUUUAUUAAAAUUUGUAAAAAAAUUUCAAUCAAAAAAUAAACUAAUAGCUCGCCAUUGUUGUUGUCAAUAAUUACACCGUGCUCACUCAUGAAAGCCAAAAAAAAUCAGUUGGACCCAAGCGCCAGCAGAGGGCGCCAAACACAAAAAAACAAGUAACAAGCGGACAUUACACUCCAUAUUUUUCUGUAAAUUAUUGUUGGAAUGGAAAGAUAAGACAGAUAUAUACAUUCAAUAUACGCUACAUAAGUACUGUAUUAGUUUAUUAUAACAAAUCAAGAUGGCAUUAACAUUAUUAACGUCUUAAAGCGAUCCAUGGAUAGAAAGACUUUUAGUUCUUAAAAGAUAAAUGUUAGUACAAGUUAUUGAAAUUUUAUAUUAAAACCCCUCUUAAUGUUUUCGUUUUAUUAAAAUUUGUAAAAAUUUUCAAUCAAAAAAUAAACUAAUAGCUCGCCAUUGUUGAUGUCAAUAAAAACAUGCUCAUGAAAGCCAUAAAAUCAGUUGGACCCAAGCGCCAGCAAAGGGCGCCAAACACCAAUAAACAAGUAACAAGCGGAGAUUACACUCUGCUGUCAUAUUAAUCUGUUUGAGCGGGGCAUGUGCGUUAAUUGUGUCAAAUAUUUUAACGUGAUUAGUUAAAAAAAAUAAUUACCACCCGUUAACACGAUAAUUUUGACAGCCCUAGUGAAAACAUAAUUUUUGGCACCUUCCCUAAAUGAAGCGAGCCUCGGUACUUGCGUAAACGUCCCUCCAUUACUCGAUACAAAGUUUGAAGGCUUGUUGGCAGGGGUUAAUUUGCGCCAGAUCCUGCCGGAACAAGAUGCCGCACCUCUUGAUUUUGGCCUCCCUGUGUUCCGGGACUUAUUUGGGCAGAUUUGGCACCUCUCGUGUAUAGAGAAUAAUAAUAUAAAAACGCUUUUAAAAAAUGUAUUGUACUAGACCCUGAAGUGAAUAGUUACCUUUUUUCGCACACACCAUAUAACUGCAUUACUCUAACACACGUAAUAUAAUCAAUCAGGUAAUAGUAUCAUUUCUCAUAUUUACUGUAGGACUGUUUGUAUUACUCUAAUUGCACUUACACCAUAGUUUAAUGAAAAGAAGCAGAAUAGAGGGCAUAAAACAUACACAACGCCAUCUUAUCACAGAAGUCCAACGCGUCAUGAGCAGGAUUGACGCACCAACACAUGCAAUCAGUUCUCCAAGGCACUCCAGGACAAACAGCAGGGCGCUCUGUCCCAAAACAAGUAGCAUCGGAGAAUACCCUCGCCCAACCAGGAUAACAAGAUGAUAGCGCGGGCGCUUUGGAAGUCAAGACCUGGGUCGGUCGCCGUGGCAACCACGUACCAGCCACGAAGGAUGACGCACGAACCUGACCUGACACAGAGGGAAGAUCACAAGACAACACCCAGCCACGCCUUCGGCCCGGCCCACUCCACCGCAGCUUUCAAAAAGAACUGAACAUUUAGAUAACACGGUCGUUGCUCGGGAACAUUUCUAUGUAGCCUUGUUUUGCCGACCCUUUAUCCAGUAGGGUCUCUCCGCCGUCUGUUUUUGCCUUGUUUUUGACCAUUGUCGACGAAUAAAUUGUCAACCUCUUUUGAGUGA